UCCUGAGCUCUGUAGGGCAUGGAGCCUUGGAGACAAUGCGCUCAGUGGCUCAUCCAUUGCAAGGUGCUGCCCGCCAACCACCGGGUGACCUGGGACUCUGCCCAGGUGUUUGACCUGGCUCAGACCCUCCGCGAUGGAGUCUUGCUCUGCCAGCUGCUCAACAACCUGAAGGGUCACUCCAUCAAUCUCAAGGAGAUCAACCUGAGGCCCCAGAUGUCCCAGUUUCUGUGCCUGAAGAACAUAAGAACCUUCCUAACAGCUUGUUGUGAGACAUUUGGGAUGAGGAAAAGUGAACUCUUCGAGGCCUUUGACUUGUUUGAUGUUCGGGAUUUUGGAAAGGUCAUAGAAACACUGUCAAGACUUUCUCGUACACCUAUUGCAUUGGCCACAGGAAUUAGACCAUUCCCUACUGAAGAAAGUGUCAACGAUGAAGAAAUAUACAAAGGCCUUCCUGACUUAAUAGAUGAAACUCGUGCAGAUGAUGAAGAAGACUUGUAUGACUGUGUUUAUGGAGAAGAUGAAGGGGGAGAAGUGUACGAAGACCUAAUGAAGGCUGAAGAAGCCCAGCAGCCGAAGUGUCUGGAAAAUGACAUACGAAGCUGUUGCCUUGCAGAGAUCAGACAGACAGAAGAGAAGUAUACAGAAACAUUGGAGUCAAUAGAAAAAUAUUUCAUGACACCACUGAAAAGAUUUCUGACAGCUACAGAGUUCGAUACUGUCUUCAUCAACAUUCCUGAACUAGUGAAAGUUCACCGAAGCCUGACACAAGAGAUUAAUGACUCCAUUGUCAAUAAAAAUGACCAGAAUUUAUAUCAAAUUUUCAUUAACUACAAGGAAAGAUUGGUUAUUUAUGGGCAGUACUGCAGCGGAGUGGAGUCAGCCAUCUCUGGUUUAGACUUUAUUUCUAAGACAAAAGAAGAUGUCAAGUUGAAACUCGAGGAAUGUUCCAAGAGGGCCAACAACGGGAAAUUCACUCUACGAGAUUUACUUGUUGUUCCUAUGCAGAGGGUUCUGAAGUAUCAUCUCCUGCUCCAGGAACUGGUGAAACACACGACUGAUCCCACUGAGAAGGCAAACCUCAAACAGGCCCUUGAUGCAAUGAAGGACUUGGCACAAUAUGUAAACGAGGUGAAGAGAGAUAAUGAGACCCUCCGUGAAAUAAAACAGUUUCAGUUAUCCAUAGAGAACUUGAAUCAGCCUGUCUUGGUGUUUGGAAGACCUCAGGGAGAUGGGGAAAUCAGGAUAACAACCCUAGACAAACAUACCAAACAAGAAAGGCACAUCUUCUUGUUUGACUUGGCGGUCAUCGUGUGCAAAAGGAAAGGUGAUAACUAUGAGAUGAAGGAAAUAAUAGAUCUUCAGCAAUACAAAAUUGCCAAUAACCCUACAACUGACAAAGAAAACAAAAAGUGGUCUUAUGGCUUCUACCUCAUCCAUACACAAGGACAAAAUGGACUGGAAUUCUAUUGCAAAACAAAAGAUUUGAAGAAAAAAUGGCUUGAGCAGUUUGAAAUGGCACUAUCUAACAUAAGGCCAGACUAUGCCGACUCCAACUUUCAUGACUUCAAAAUGCACACCUUCACGCGGGUUACAUCCUGUAAAGUCUGCCAGAUGCUCCUGAGAGGAACAUUUUAUCAAGGCUAUUUAUGUUUCAAGUGUGGCGCCAGAGCACACAAAGAAUGUUUAGGAAGAUUAGACAAUUGUGGCAGAGUUAAUUCAGGUGACCAAGGGACGCUCAAACCUGAGAAACCACCUAAUGGACUUCGAAGAGUCCCCAGACAAGUGGAUCCAGGCCUACCGAAGAUGCAGGUCAUUAAGAAUUACACUGGAACCCCACAACCUCCACAACACGAAGGACCUCCUUUGCACAUCCAAAUAGGGGACACGGUGGAGCUUUUGAGAGGAGAUGCCCAUAGCUUAUUUUGGCAGGGACGGAACUUAGCAUCAGGGGAAAUUGGCUUCUUUCCUAGUGAAGCAGUUAAACCUUGUCCAUGUGUUCCCAAACCAGUAGACUACUCUUGCCAGCCAUGGUAUGCAGGAGCAAUGGAAAGACUGCAGGCAGAGACUGAACUUAUUAAUCGGGUAAAUAGUACUUAUCUUGUGCGACACAGGACCAAAGAGUCAGGAGAAUACGCAAUUAGCAUUAAGUACAAUAAUGAAGCAAAACACAUCAAGAUUUUAACAAGAGAUGGCUUUUUCCACAUUGCAGAAAAUAGGAGAUUUAAAAGUUUAAUGGAACUUGUCGAGUACUAUAAGCAUCAUUCUCUUAAAGAAGGCUUCAGAACUUUAGAUACUACUCUUCAGUUUCCUUACAAGGAGCCUGAAAAUUCAGCUGGACCGAGGGGUAAUAGAGCAAGCGGCAACUUGUUGAGCCCCAAAGUUCUGGGCAUAGCUAUUGCACGAUAUGACUUUUGUGCGAGAGACAUGAGAGAGCUGUCUUUGUCCAAAGGUGACAUGGUGAAAAUUUACACAAAAAUGAGUGUAAAUGGCUGGUGGAGGGGAGAAGCAAAUGGAAGGGUGGGCUGGUUUCCAUCAACUUAUGUGGAAGAGGAUGAAUGACUUCAAUCCUAAUUUUGCAGUCUGGACCAGAAAUUUCAGGGACAAGCGAUGAACAAAAAUCCACAAAGCAUUAUGAACUGAUUGAAGUAUUUGAAAAGCUGCAUUUCUGGCUAAUCAACAUCCUUCCUCCUCCUGUCUUCUCCAGUCUUAAUGUUGGGAUUUCUAAAGAUGCUCGUACUGACAGAUUAAUGACUUGCUGAGAGCUGGGCAAGAAACAACCUGCCAGUCUGUCAUCAUCAGGGACCAGUGAAAAGCCAAAACCUUCUCUUCCCAGAAGAACUCAGCAAAUACAUUUCUUUAUGUUUCCUUUCACUUUCUUUCACAGGCCAUUGUCCAUGCCAGUCAUUAGUAAAUGUUUAAUGCACCUUUACUCCUCCCCACUCCUGGCUCAUCACACCCCUCUUCCCUUCCCUAGUCAUUGAAAUCUUUGAUGGUACAAAGAACUAGAGCCUUUUACCUAUCAUAGCACAAAGAAAAAUGAGAGUUCUGUCAUAUAGGCCACUUAUGGGAACGGUUUAGUGUCAUUUGUCUCAAAAUUUCAAGUGAGGCUACUUACUCCAUCACAAACACAUUUGUCUGACAAAUCUUCCUGGUAGAAAUACAAGUGAAAACUUCUAAGUUUUCUCUCAGUUCUGUGUAGAGUUUGAGAUGUUUGAACUGAUGUCUUUUUACUCCUUGCCUUGGCAAGUGAUUGUUCUUGAAAACUGAAUUUUUUUUUUUAAAAAAGAACCUUAUUACUAAGUCCAGAAAACUAUUUGUGAUUUUGUAAGGUGGUUGUGGCAACUUUGGACUGAAGUUUCUGAGGAAAACUUGGCUCAGCAUCUGUAGGUGGCUGCUAGCCAGAUGAUCACAGUGUAUGUUUACAUGAGCCAGAUCAAGGGCUAUAUUGUUAAAUAUGUCACUUCUUCACAAACACCACCUACAGACUUUUUUUUUCUCUCUCCCUCUCUCUUCCCCUCCCCCAAAUCUGGGGCAUAUAUUACACUGUUCCUCCAUUACUUCCAAUUCAAAAGACUGAAAGUUUGUGCCAAUAGCACAAACCCUUCUAUUGUAGUUUCUAGAAGAAGGGCAAUGUAACUGUGGCUUUCAUUCCCAUUCAUGUCUCUGAAUUUCAAGACUAGACAAAGACCCACCCAAGGUUUUCCAAGGAUAGCUCACUGUGGGGCUCAAGGCUUCUCCCAGUUGUCUUCCAAUUUGGGGGCUCUUUCUGGUCACACAAUGGCACCUAAAUGAUAUUAACUGAUUGGCAGAACAGUCAGCUUAUUGGUUUGAUUGCACCUCUUCUAUGAUGGUAAUAGAAAUGAUUAUUCUUUGGUGCUGUGUCAGUUCAUACGUACAUAUGCAUAUAUAUGUGUGUGUAUAUACAUAUGUAUAUAUUUACAGACACAUAUGUGCAUCUACAAAUGCGCACAUAUGUGUCUGUAAGUAUAUACACAUGUGUGUAUAUGUAUACACACACACACACAUAUCCCUCUUGUUACCAGAUUCUACCUAUCUCUUGUUAUUUGGAUAAAGAGGACCACAUCAUACACAUUUUGAAAGCAUUUGCUUCUUGCAAAGAAUGUAGAUAUUUUAGCGUUAGCUGAAUCUAAUUGAGAGCAUUCAGAAAAGAAAAUUGGGAUCACCUCUGAAAUGAAGCAAUCAUGAUGUAAUCCCCCAUAGUUACAUGUAGGAAAACCCUGUGCACACUGAAAGAGAUGCAUUGAUCUGGGUGGAUUUGAAGUUUCUCAUAUAGGAUAGAUUCAGGAAGUUUACCUCAGAAUUAUGUAAACUGUGAUUGUGUUUAAAAAAAAAAGUAUUGUGUGAUGGCACCAGUUCGUGUAUUUGUCAAUGUGGACAUGAGCACUAGACUGUAUUUUGUAAGAUGAUUCGUACAGUAAAAUUACCUGGCAGGAUGUUUUCUUCAACCAUGUUCUGUGAUGCCUAAUGUAGCAUCAGCCACCACCACGGGUCAAUGGUGUGUCUUCGUUUCACUCUCAGCAGAGCGUUGUGGUAGAGGGAGCAACGGAGCAUAUGGGUCCCAGGUUUUGGCAUGGGCUUCUUUCGGCAAGUUGGCCCACUUCUUAAAACCAACCUCUGCUCUUCUUUUUUCAUUUUGCCCGUGUGGAAACUUGCCCAGAAGACUGGGGUAUUAAACCGUGCUGGGACCCCGUUUUUCAUAAGAUACCGGUUGCACCCUUCUUUGUCUGUGUUGAAUGCCCUGUAUUGGAAAAGUUAAAUGCUGCAGAUUCACAUGCAUUUCUAAUACCAAAGACAUGACUCCAGGCUAUCGAGUCACCAGUCACUGCUUCCCCUGUGCUUUUGUCUUGCCUGGAUGCAGCUCUUGCUGUCACACCGUAAAUCUCAUCAGUAGUGCUUAAAAGUUUGUAAUAUUUUGUAAAUAUGUCGAUAUAAUAAAGUAGUUACAACUUGUAUUAA